UUCAUUUUUUCGAGCAAGCGAACUAGUCAGAGAAGACAGAAAAGUUAAGUAAAGAAAGUGGCAGAAAAGUGAAGCAAAGCAACAGCCCGGGAGCGUGGCGGGGGGACCCGCGCGGGGACUCGGGUGGGCUGCAAAUGCUGGGGAGAUGCCACAGGAGCGCCUGCCUUCCCAGCUACUCCUUUCUCUCGCCGAGGGUCUCUCGGGUUCAGCGCUCCCGGCGUUUCGGCGACCUCCGGGUCCGCCCUGCCCCCUCCCAGCCCGGGAGCUGAGCCCGGCUCUGCGCCCAUCGCCCACCCCACGCUGACCCCCCCACUCUCCCUUCGCUGCUCGCUCCAAGAGCGCCUGUCCCGCCCCGUGGGGCGACUUCUCCCUUUCGGCCCUGGGGUUGAAGAUCCUGGGUGGGGCAGCUGCGCCUUCGGGACAGCCCCAGCCGCGGAGCUCCCAGACCAGGGCAGCGGGAGUCGGGUCAUACGCCCCCCGCAGCCGGGGCCGCCGCACCUGAACCCAGCUCCAGUCACGCCGCGGCGCCGGAAGCGCGGGCGGAACGCACAGGUCCAGGGAGAGCCGCCUGCGCCCGCGAGGGGGACCCAAGUCCCCAGGGUGGUGGCCGAGUCCCGCCUCCCGCCAGCGGGGGCGAGGACCUGCGACGCGCACCCCUGCCUGGCCCGGUCUCCUCAGCACCAGCCCCAUGCACACCCGACUUCCUCAGCUUCUCGCCCUCACCCUGCCAACUUCCCUGCGAGGAGGAACCUGCCGCCAGCCUGCUUCCUCGUCCGCAGGCCCUACGCUGAACGCUGCCGCUUCCAGGGUUCACCUUGUGCCGUCGGGAAAGCCCAUGAACUCUCCAGAAACGGCGUAAAGGAGGGUCCCGCCGCGGCGCACGGCUGGGGCGCCUGGGUUCCCCCUGGGUAGAGCAGCGGCAGCAGAGCGGGAAAGUGGUGGAGGAUGAUCUUGCGGCCAAAGGGGACCUCGGCGCAGUAAUGUCAACAUGAUGUUUCGCUCAGAUCGAAUGUGGAGCUGCCAUUGGAAAUGGAAGCCCAGUCCUCUCCUGUUCUUAUUUGCUUUAUAUAUCAUGUGUGUUCCUCACUCAGCAGUGUGGGGAUGUGCCAACUGCCGAGUGGUUUUGUCCAACCCUUCUGGGACUUUUACUUCUCCAUGCUACCCUAACGACUACCCGAACAGCCAGGCUUGCGUGUGGACGCUCCGAGCCCCCACCGGUUAUAUCAUUCAGAUAACAUUUAACGACUUUGACAUUGAAGAAGCUCCCAAUUGCAUUUAUGACUCAUUAUCCCUUGAUAAUGGAGAGAGCCAGACUAAAUUUUGUGGAGCAACUGCCAAAGGCCUAUCAUUUAACUCAAGUGCGAAUGAGAUGCAUGUGUCCUUUUCAAGUGACUUUAGCAUCCAGAAGAAAGGUUUCAAUGCCAGCUACAUCAGAGUUGCCGUGUCCUUAAGGAAUCAAAAGGUCAUUUUACCCCAGACAUCGGAUGCUUACCAGGUAUCUGUUGCAAAAAGCAUCUCCAUUCCAGAACUCAGUGCUUUCACACUCUGCUUUGAAGCAACCAAAGUUGGCCAUGAAGACAGUGAUUGGACAGCUUUCUCCUACUCAAAUGCAUCCUUCACACAAUUGCUCAGUUUUGGAAAGGCCAAGAGUGGCUACUUUCUAUCCAUUUCUGAUUCAAAAUGUUUGCUGAACAAUGCAUUACCUGUCAAGGAAAAAGAAGACAUUUUUGCAGAAAGCUUUGAGCAGCUCUGCCUUGUUUGGAAUAAUUCUUUGGGCUCUAUUGGUGUAAAUUUCAAAAGAAACUAUGAAACAGUUCCAUGUGAUUCUACCGUUAGUAAAGUUAUUCCUGGGAAUGGGAAAUUGUUGUUGGGCUCCAAUCAAAAUGAAAUUGUCUCUCUAAAAGGGGACAUUUAUAACUUUCGACUUUGGAAUUUUACCAUGAAUGCCAAAAUCCUCUCCAACCUCAGCUGUAAUGUGAAAGGGAAUGUAGUCGACUGGCAAAAUGACUUCUGGAAUAUCCCAAACCUAGCUCUGAAAGCUGAAAGCAACCUAAGCUGUGGUUCCUACCUGAUCCCGCUCCCGGCAGCAGAACUGGCCAGCUGUGCAGACCUGGGGACCCUCUGUCAAGCUACUGUAAACUCUCCUAGUACUACACCACCCACUGUCACCACUAACAUGCCUGUUACUAACAGAAUCGAUAAACAAAGGAAUGAUGGAAUUAUCUAUAGAAUAUCCGUAGUGAUUCAGAACAUCCUUCGUCACCCUGAGGUAAAAGUACAGAGCAAGGUGGCAGAAUGGCUCAAUUCAACCUUCCAAAAUUGGAACUACAUGGUUUAUGUCAUUAAUAUCAGUUUUCACCUGAGUGCUGGAGAGGACAAGAUUAAAGUCAAGAGAAGCCUUGAGAAUGAGCCAAGGUUGGUGCUUUGGGCCCUUCUAGUUUACAAUGCUACCAACAAUACUAAUUUAGAAGGAAAAAUCAUUCAGCAGAAGCUCCUAAAAAAUAAUGAGUCCUUGGAUGAAGGCUUGAGGCUACAUACAGUGAAUGUGAGACAACUGGGUCAUUGUCUUGCCGUGGAGGAACCCAAAGGCUACUACUGGCCAUCUAUCCCACCUUCUGAAUACGUUCUUCCUUGUCCAGACAAGCCUGGCUUUUCUGCUUCACGGAUGUGUUCUUACAAUGCUACCAACCCAUUGGUAACCUACUGGGGACCUGUUGAUAUCUCCAACUGUUUAAAAGAAGCAAAUGAAGUUGCUAACCAGAUUUUAAAUUUAACUGCUGAUGGGCAGAACUUAACCUCAGCCAAUAUUACCAACAUUGUGGAACAGGUCAAAAGAAUUGUGAAUAAAGAAGAAAACAUUGAUAUAACACUUGGCUCAACUCUAAUGAAUAUAUUUUCUAAUAUCUUAAGCAGUUCAGACAGUGACUUGCUUGAGUCUUCUUCUGAAGCUUUAAAAACAAUUGAUGAAUUGGCCUUCAAGAUAGACCUAAAUAGCACAUCACAUGUGAAUAUUACAACUCGGAACUUGGCUCUCGGCGUAUCAUCCCUGUUACCAGGGACAAAUGCAAUUUCAAAUUUUAGCAUUGGUCUUCCAAGCAAUAAUGAAUCAUAUUUCCAGAUGGAUUUUGAGAGUGGACAGGUGGAUCCACUGGCAUCUGUAAUUUUGCCUCCAAACUUACUUGAGAAUUUAAGUCAAGAAGAUUCUGUAUUAGUUAGAAGAGCACAGUUUACUUUCUUCAACAAAACUGGACUUUUCCAGGAUGUCGGACCCCAAAGAAAAACCUUAGUGAGUUAUGUAAUGGCGUGCAGUAUUGGAAACAUUACUAUCCAGAAUCUGAAGGAUCCUGUUCAAAUAAAAAUCAAACAUACAAGAACUCAGGAAGUGCAUCAUCCCAUCUGUGCCUUCUGGGAUCUGAACAAAAACAAAAGUUUUGGAGGAUGGAACACGUCAGGAUGUGUUGCACACAGAGAUUCAGAUGCAAGUGAGACAGUCUGCCUGUGUAACCACUUCACACACUUUGGAGUUCUGAUGGACCUUCCAAGAAGUGCCUCACAGUUAGAUGCAAGAAACACUAAAGUCCUCACUUUCAUCAGCUAUAUUGGGUGUGGAAUAUCUGCUAUUUUUUCAGCAGCAACUCUCCUGACAUAUGUUGCUUUUGAGAAAUUGCGAAGGGAUUAUCCCUCCAAAAUCUUGAUGAACCUGAGCACAGCCCUGCUGUUCCUGAAUCUCCUCUUCCUCCUAGAUGGCUGGAUCACCUCCUUCAAUGUGGAUGGACUUUGCAUUGCUGUUGCAGUCCUGUUGCAUUUCUUCCUUCUGGCAACCUUUACCUGGAUGGGGCUAGAAGCGAUUCACAUGUACAUUGCUCUAGUUAAAGUAUUUAACACUUACAUUCGCCGAUACAUUCUAAAAUUCUGCAUCAUUGGCUGGGGUUUGCCUGCCUUAGUGGUGUCAGUUGUUCUAGCGAGCAGAAACAACAAUGAAGUCUAUGGAAAAGAAAGUUAUGGGAAAGAAAAAGGUGAUGAAUUCUGUUGGAUUCAAGAUCCAGUCAUAUUUUAUGUGACCUGUGCUGGGUAUUUUGGAGUCAUGUUUUUUCUGAACAUUGCCAUGUUCAUUGUGGUAAUGGUGCAGAUCUGUGGGAGGAAUGGCAAGAGAAGCAACCGGACCCUGAGAGAAGAAGUGUUAAGGAACCUGCGCAGCGUGGUUAGCUUGACCUUCCUGUUGGGCAUGACAUGGGGUUUUGCGUUCUUUGCCUGGGGACCCUUAAAUAUCCCCUUCAUGUACCUCUUCUCCAUCUUCAAUUCAUUACAAGGCUUAUUUAUAUUCAUCUUCCACUGUGCUAUGAAGGAGAAUGUUCAGAAACAGUGGCGGCGGCAUCUCUGCUGUGGUAGAUUUCGGUUAGCAGAUAACUCAGAUUGGAGUAAGACAGCUACCAAUAUCAUCAAGAAAAGUUCUGAUAAUCUAGGAAAAUCUUUGUCUUCAAGCUCCAUUGGUUCCAACUCAACCUAUCUUACGUCCAAAUCUAAAUCCAGCUCUACCACCUAUUUCAAAAGGAAUAGCCACACAGACAAUGCUUCCAUGGACAAGUCCUUGUCAAAACUGGCCCAUGCUGAUGGAGAUCAAACAUCAAUCAUCCCUGUCCAUCAGGUCAUUGAUAAGGUCAAGGGUUAUUGCAAUGCUCAUUCAGACAACUUCUAUAAAAAUAUUAUCAUGUCAGACACCUUCAGCCACAGCACAAAGUUUUAAUGUCUUUAAGAAAAAGAAAUCAAUCUGCAGAAAUGUGAAGAUUUGCAAGCAGUGAAAACUGCAGCUAGUGAUGUAAAUGUGCUAUUACCUAGGUAACUGCAUAUAUAUAAGGAAUGUAUUUUGUUAAGAAGGCUUUUGUGAAAUUCAGAAUUUUUCUUUUUAAUAUAUUUCUUCCAUGGAAGAGUUGUCAUCACUAAAACUUCAGUACUGAGAGCAACAUGACUCAGUAGCCACAGAAGCUAUGAUUUUUAAAAUAUUUAAUUGAAUCAGAGUAAUCAUAAUGCAGGGGAGACAUUCAAAUUAGAGACAAGGGAGAAGCAAUGCUGAGGAAGACCCUAGAUAGAGCUCAUUUUACUCCACCUAAUCGUUACAUCUGGAUAUACCCAUUUUCUGCAUCUUCUUUCUCAACAAUAAAAAAUGUAACUAUUUUGAAUGCCCACAAAUCCCAUUCCAGUGUUACUUUCUGUGAAUGCAGUACCAUGUUCUCAUUUUCAAUGACAUUUCAACCACAGGCAGAAAAGACUGUUUACUCCUUGACCCAAAGAUUAAAAAGGAUUUUUUUUAUUAUUUUAAAUAUUACACCGUCAGAACCAUAACAUGGUUAAGAAAAUUUUCCCAAAAUGUUGACAUAGUUAAAUGAGGCUACAUAAAUUUCUAACAUUUUACUUAUUCUAUUCAAGGCAUAGGGCCAAAGCAUUAAGUAUAAUUUAAUCCCAUACAUUCCAGUCAAGUUUAGUGUUGAUGUUCCAUCAUUGUGGAACUCCCAGGAGUUGUUUAAGAAUGAAUCUCUUACACCUGUACUUUUGCCCCUCUGCUGUAUAUUAAGCCCAUAGGCUUGUGGGAGGAAGGAGAAUUUCCAUUAGGCAAGCUGUAUGCAGUGGAAUUUUCCUUUUAGGAGACACACAAUUGAGACUCUCUUGUUCUGUCCUUGCUUUGGAGACUGUAAGACAUUUCCUAACACACAAAUAAAAGCCUCGUAUUUCCCCAUUGAGAGUUUUGUUCCAAGGAAUAUGAAGUGAGACAUAUGGGUGAGUCAUAAUAAUCAAAAUAAUUUAUGAACAGCUGGGUCUGCAAUAGCUAGUCUAAAAACUACUUGUGUGUCAGUCGUCUGGUUAUAGUAUAUAAGAGCCUGAGGAGGUCUGGCAAGAUAGAUGGUGUAUUAUUUAUGGAUCAGGCUGCUGCAUACAAACCUUGCAUACUAUUAUGCAGCUUACUUAACUCUCAGACUAUUCUGAGUAAUGCUUGCUUGCUAAUAAAUGUAUAGGAGACCACAUUGUAAUUGUUCUUAGAUGAUGGAGUCCAUGUAGUUUCUUAGAAAUCGGUCUCAGUGCAUGCUGUGCUUUUUCACAUUUGCUCUGGGUUAUCUGGGAAGUAUCAGGUUCUGGGAGGCAACAGCAUUAAGUGAUAAGAAAAGGAGACAUUCUGGCAAAGCCAGUCUGCUUAAAGGCAAAGUCCAGAACCUGGAACCUAGAGGCUUUUCUCUCUGCACGAAAAACAGGUAGUUUGCAGUCUGAGACGUGGGAGAGCUUUUAGGCUACCCAGCAACCCAAGGGACCUCUCACCUUUUGCUGAGCUUCAAUCAGGAAGCUAUUUGCCUGGCUCCAGCAGAUGAUGAGAUAAUGAGGUAGUGGGUUUUUUAUUACUGUUCCAUUUUUACAACAUCCUGCAACACCAUCCUGGGAGACAAGAGCAUUACCCAGCUUGGCUUUCACAGGGGAGGGUUGUAUUCAGUAAAAAAGAAUAGUAAAUAUAAGGUCACUGAGAUUCUAAGUAAAAUAGUAAAUCUAAGGUCACUGAGCCAAAUCCUUUUCAAUAGGCAUAUAUUAACAGGCUGCUUAUUUUGGCAGAGAUUACGUAUGGAAGAAAAUGAAUCUUAGUCACUGAAUAUUCAUAUACAUUUCCCCCAAAACCUUAGACAUUCAUAGUAGAUUUUAAUUAGUUAGCUUUCUAACUAGUCAGAUUUCUGCCCAAAGUGCUUAGUCAAUAGUAAUUAAGAUAUAGCUUCAAUUUCUACUCAUAUUCAUAUGGCUCCAGGAAAAUAUUUUUUUCAUAUUUGACAAUGUCAGCUCCACUUUAGAAAUUUUCAAUAACCAGAUGAGAAAAAAAUUAAGAAAUUGCUCAAGAGAAACAUUUGUAAAUGGAUUUGAAAGAUGGAGCCAAAUUCUGUUGUCAGUUCUAAGCAUGCAGUUCUCACCUCCAUUUAGGCCCCCAUCAGAACAGAGGGUCAGGAGUUUAGCUGGGGAGCCUAAAUUUAGUUCAGCCUACCUUUGAGAAUAGCAUCAAUUCAGACUCUCUUUUCGUUAUGUUUUCUUUUCUUUUUCCCUCUUUUUAAACUACAUUGUGUUAGAGUCGUAGUCUAGGAUCCUGAGAUAUUUUCCAUUCUUGUCACCAUUCACUUGCAUUGUAAAGAUUUUCUUUGUCUAUUGUUGGCAUAGAUUCUUUUGUACAUAUUUAUUUAUUUGUGUUUAUACAUGUCAAUUGGUUUCCUAUCUUAGCUUGAUAUUGCCUAGCUUUGUUGUUUUAAUUAACUUUCUAUUAGAGAGACUGUAUAUAUUUUUUCUAAAUACUUUGUGAAAUCAUUUUUGGUAGCAGUAUCUUUGAAUAUGAUGAAUAAAAGUGACUGUGAGUGCAAAUAGAAUUAGCAGUAAGAAGCUACUCUAGCUAAUUUGCCAUUUUACUUAAAUGGAAAAUGUUUUUCAAAUAAAUACUUAUGUUGUUCGUGUUCCAAGUUAUUCAAUUCCUUUAUGAGUGAAUGUCUUUACUUCUGACUCCUAAAUAGGAAAAGAUUAUUUGACAGCUGGAAAAUAACCUGCCACCAAUUAAGCUAGUGACAUAGGGCUACUUUGCCAAAACACUCAGAAUGAGUAUGUUCCACAGAUCCAGUUCACUAAGGAUUAAUGCAUUUUGAAGUUCUUAGAAUUUGUUGGGAUGACUGAUGCAAAGCCAAGUUCUACAGCAGAUUUAAAGUAAUACAGGUUUCUUUUGGGGAAUGUCUUCAGUAUCCUCAAAAGGGAACUGAUUCAGUAACCUGUAGAAGAUAGGACCUGGGAUAUUUUUCUUACAUUUAUAGUUGCUGUUUUCAUUGUGAGAGGCUUAGCAAAUGAUACAUUUUAGCGAACUUCACUUACUUGAUGAGAACAGAACCUCCCCACUUCCUUUUACUGUGGAUAUUUAGGAUAACUUUUUUUCUGCAGUGAGCCAAAGCCCAAUUUUGCUUACUGCCCUACUCAGCAAAGUGUAUGCCCAGUGCAAAGUUGUGAGGUGGUUUGACGGUCACUGCUAAACCAGUCCUUCCAAGCCGAUGUUCACAACUCCUGGCCAAGCCAUGUUAAGAAAAUAGACAAGCAGUUGCUUAAGGCUCAUCUACAGUCAUUUACGUGCAGGUUACUUCAGAAAGCUGGAGGGGUGGAAUUGGGGAACAAAUGAAAAACACGUAUUUGAUUUGCAGGCUGACCUGUGUUGGUAAUAUCUUUGAAAUCUGGAGGAAUUGGUCUUUAUAAAUUCAGUGUUUUGGAAGCACUUCUCUGUUUCCAGCUGAAUAACAUUCCAUUUCUCUCAUAUAAAAACAUUAAAUAACUCUCUCCCUCCUCCCCACCAAAAUCCUUCUCCCCUUUCUUCCGUUCUCUCUCCCUUUUUCCUUCCCUCCUUCCAUCUUCAUUUCAAGGAAGAAUAAUUAGUGUUAACAGUUCUUUUUUUUGCUUCCCUAGAGAGAAAUAAGAAUACACGUGAAAUUUUCAAGUGUUUCAUUUAUAUUCUAUAUAGCCUGUUCCACAAAAGGAAAAAAGUAAGAAAAAAGGAUGUUUUGUUACCAUAGGCAGCUCCAACCUAAAUUGAGUAAUCUGAACUAUAUAGGAAAAAAAAAAAAAAAGAAAAAACAUGGGCAGACACAGUGGCUAACAACUGUAAUCCCAGCACUUUGGCCAAGGCAGGCGGAGGUCAGGAGUUUGAGACCAGCUUGGGCAACAUGGUGAAACCCCAUCUCUACUAAAAAUUCAAACACUAGCCAGGCAUGUUGGUGCAUGCCUGUAGUCCUAGCUACUCGGGAGGCUGAG